AUGGCCGAAAUCGUCGGAGUUGCGGCUGCUGCUAGCCAGCUUGCGGUAUCUUGCUUUGCGAUUCUCGAGCUCAUGAAAAAGAUAAAAGAGGCGCCAUCAGCCUUGAAAGAUUAUCAAACACAUCUCCAAGAACUCUAUGAUCUUUCCACCUCUAUAUCUCUCAAUCACCUUCUCCAGACCAAAGAGAUUGGUUCACAGACUCUUUCGCUACAGGCGAUUGUCAACCAAUACGACAUCGAGUCAAUUUUAAGCAGAAGCCGUUUGUUACAAUCCUUGGGAUUUCUUCGCAAAGAGAGAGAUCUGAAGAAUACCUUGAAUAUUCUUGAAAGGCGCAAGUCCCACCUUUCUCUCAUUAUCCACAACAUCGAGGCCAGCACACUUCACCAAAUACAGUCAGACAUACGUGUUAUGGCAAACCGUCCCUUACGCAACAGGCAGGAGAGCCUUUUGCUUGGUCCUAAGCACGAUGCUGCCGAAUUCGAAAAACAAGCCGGUGGUUCAUCAUCCACAACGAGUGGUGAUUCAGUCGCGCUUGUGAAGAGUUCGCAUGGGCCUCAAGACUGGAAGCCUGCUUCUGCUCUUCAUACCUACAUGCACCCUCAAAGAAUGACCAGCGAAGCCGAACAAAGCCACAUCUCUGAGCAACAUCAGGGCCAUCCCCUUCCUACCGGCGACCGCCCUUCUUCUCAAGAUUGGCCCCAACAGGAAUUUCCCUUCGGAAGUGAAGUCCGAGGUCGUUCCAUGUACUACAACUGCACGGCUGGUGAAGGCGUCAACCAAAUAAACGGCGCGUACGUCGAGAACGACUCAAAUCUGCUUGACCAGAUGGCUAUGCAGCGACCUGGACCUCACUUCAAUUACACCCACUUUGGUAACGCAAAUCCCACAGCUUCGUCUUACAUGACUCAGCCCUCGAACUCUGCCGACAAUGCACUCCUGUUCAUCAAUUGUACAAAGUCUGGGCCUGGCGAACAAAUCAACAAUAUCCACGCCACUUACGACCGCGAUUUAUGUGGGCUUCCGGUCUUGCAUGCCUACUAUUCCGGUUGCAACAUGCUGUCGAGCCAAGGUCCUGUUCAGAAUGGAACUGUGCAAAGGCAGAUCAACGGCCCCAGCCUGAGGAGACUGAAAAAAGCUAAUACCGAGGAUUGA